AUGAACCCUCAGAUGUACGAAAGCAGGAGUGAGGAAGAUAUAGCUAGUGAAAGCCGUGUGAAAUGGGACAGGAGGCUAAGCUGGAGGCUUAUUGAUGCCCGCGGUGCAGGGGACGGGGCGGCCGUGGUGGAGAAACUAGAAAGGACGCGAGUAGAGUACGCGGCAGGAAACGCCGAAUCGUUCACUGAAAGGUGCAGGGAGUGCGGUAGAAGACUUGUCUCAGCCAUGUCCUCCCUCAGCGGCGAAGUGACGAGGCAACAAGCCGUCCAAGAUGCACGAGCCCUCUCGAGGGCUGUAUCAGACCCUACCCUCAUCAAGCUGAGGGACCAAGGGACGAAAGACAUUGAAGCACUGUCCCAGAAGGCGUUGAGGUUACCAGCUAGCGAAGACGUAAGGUUUGUGCUGGAAAGGAUUGAACGACUGUUCAAAGAAGUGGACGGAACCGCAGAUAAACUGGAAGAUAUGGUUGAAAAGAGACGAGAGAAGCUGAAAGAUUUCCAAAGAGUUAAAGCGUUAGAAAAAGAGACAGAACAGGUGAUAGGUUGGUCGGAAACCGGUAAUAGGAGACAUCAAAAGCCCACCCUACCUCAGCUCACACCUCAAAUGAAAGGCAUGACAAUGAGACGUCGUCGAGCCGAGAUCUACGACCGCUCAGGUAGGACGGAAGGUGGAAUUCCUAUUCAUCUGUCAAUCCAUCAAGCGUUGACUUUCCGUUCCUCACUUAGGAAGUUUUUUCCUGGCUUUUGCCUUGUGAAGGUUCUUAUCCAUCCAAACACCAUCGAAUCAGUAUCCAAAGCUAAAGAUGCUAAUGGUGCCUUAACUUCAAUCACUGUCACUGCAAAUGACCCUGACUGGACAAAUGGGCUCUCCUUCUCUGGGGCUAUGGCAUUUGAGAUAUAUCAGAAACUGACUGAAUAUAAGUGGGUCUUAAAUGUUCCUAAUACCUGCUCAUAUCCGGAGAUGGUCAAGCAGAUAUACUUUCACUCAGUGUUCGGCACGUAUAAGGAGGACUUGGGUAUCUUGAAAUGGAUGACAGAAGGAGAACCCAAUUUUAUGAACAGAAAACAGCGAAGUCCGGCUUUUGGAAAAGCUGAAAAGAAAAUGUCUUUCACGCCAUACAAACUAAAGAGAUGGUCCAAGCUCGCUUCAGCACAGACUUCUUAG